UGAGAACAAAGGGACCGGAAGGGGGGGAGCAAAAGCACACCUGGAUCUCCUCGAUCAUAUCCUGGGUGAAGAUCUCUUGCUGCAGUAGCAGCUCCCAGAGGAGAUCUACUUGCAGUUCCUUUACCAGGCGCAGCCGAGCUCGCUGCAACAACCGCCGCUGUCUGUCUUCCAUUGCUACCGCUACAGAUGGGCACGCUUCUUCCGGGAAGGUUCCCAGCAGGAAACAAGAUGGAAAUGAAACAGCUGAGUGUCUCCCUGGUUGUGGUUCUGUUUCUGGUCCUGGUCCUGCAGAUCUUGUCUGCCGUCGAUUUUGACCCGUAUCGGAUCCUUGGAGUCAGCAGGACAGCUAGUCAGGCGGACAUUAAAAAGGCAUAUAAGAACCUUGCCCGGGAAUGGCAUCCUGACAAAAAUAAGGACCCAGGAGCAGAAGAUAGGUUUAUACAAAUUAGCAAGGCUUAUGAGAUCCUGUCCAAUGAGGAAAAGAGGUUAAAUUUUGACCGCUAUGGGGACAUGGGCGAGAACCAGGGCUACCCACAGCAGCAGCAGCAGCAGCACCGCCACUUCCACCACUUCCACGAAGGCUUCUAUUUUGACGAAUCCUUCUUCCAUUUCCCUUUUAACGCGGACCGCCGCGACUCCUCUGAUGAGAAGUAUCUGUUGCACUUUUCGCACUACGUCAACGAGAUUGUGCCUGACAGUUUCAGAAAACCCUACCUCAUUAAGAUCACGUCAGACUGGUGCUUCAGCUGCGUCCAUAUUGAGCCCGUGUGGAAGGAGGUGGUUCAGGAGCUGGAAGGGAUUGGAGUGGGGAUUGGUGUUGUCCAUGCUGGUUAUGAGAGGCGCCUGGCGCAUCAUCUGGGAGCACACAGCACACCGUCUAUCCUGGGGCUUAUCAAUGGGAAAAUAACCUUUUUCCACAACGCAGUUGUUCGGGAGAAUCUGCGGCAGUUUGUGGAGAGCCUUCUUCCAGGAAACCUUGUUGAGAAGGUUACAGAUAAGAACUAUGUCAGAUUCCUGUCGAACUGGAAGAAAGAGAACAAGCCCCAGGUCCUCCUGUUUGACCACAUGCCCCUCACCCCGCUGCUAUACAAGCUGACUGCAUUUGCGUACCGAGAACACUUGUCCUUUGGAUAUGUGUACGUUGGACUCCGAGGGACCGAAGAGCUGUCCAGCCAGUAUAACAUCAACGUCUACACACCCACCAUGAUGGUGUUCAAAGAGCACAUUGAUAAGCCUGCUGAUGUCAUCCAGGCCCGGGGCAUGAAAAAGCAACUCAUUGAUGACUUCCUAUCUCAGAACAAAUUCCUCGUGGCAUCUCGACUCACCAGCCAGAAGCUUUUUCAGGAGCUGUGUCCCUCGAAAAAGUCUCACAGGCAGCGCAAGUACUGCGUGGUCUUGAUUACCGGUGAGGGGGAGAAGUAUACUGCCAGCUACGAUGCCUUUCUGGCUUUUGCUCUGGCCAACACAAAAGACACCCUGAGGUUUGUGCACAUCUACAGCAACUACCAGUGGGACUUUGCCCAUACUCUGCUAACGGACAACGAAAGGUUCCAUGGGAAGUCAGCAGUGGUCAUCUUGGAGAGGCGCAACAAUGCUGGGCGAGUGGUCUACAAAGCUCUUGAAGAUCCCUGGAGUGGUAGCAAAGAAGAUAACUUCAUCCUUCUGGAUCUUUUGGAUCAGCUAAGGACAAACCCGGGCUUUCUGUCUUCUGAUACCAUCCUGCCAGACUUAAACGAUGAACUGGCUCCUGUUUUCUUCCUUCGGUGGAUCUAUUCUGCUAUCGACUAUGCCUCUGACUGCUGGGACAGCCUUUUUCACAGCAAUUGGCGAGAAAUGAUGCCCCUCUUAUCGCUGAUCUUCUCGGCCCUCUUUAUCCUCUUUGGGACGGUUAUUGUACAGGCUUUCAGCGACUCAAGCGACGAGAGAGAUUUGCCUCCCACCAAGCAAGAUGAGGGCCCUCCAAAGAGCGAGAAGAACGACACGAGCUUCGCCAAAGACAACAGGAUCCCCAAGAAGGGCUUUGUGGAAGUGACGGAGCUCACAGAUAUCACCUACACGAGCAACCUGGUGCGUCUGAGGCCCGGGCAUAUGAAUGUAGUGCUGAUCCUGUCCAACCCCACCAAGACACCUCUGCUGCAGAAGUUUGCCCUGGAGGUCUACACGUUCACUGGGAGCAGCUGCCUUCACUUCUCCUUUCUCAGCUUGGACAAGCACCGGGAAUGGCUCGAGUACGUACUGGAGUUUGCGCAGGAUGCCGCCCCCAUCCCCAACCAGUAUGACAAGCACUUCUUGGAGCGCGACUACACGGGCUACGUCCUGGCCCUGAAUGGCCACAAGAAAUACUUCUGCCUUUUCAAGCCUCGCAAAUCAGAGGAGGAUGGGGACCUCCCUGGGGGGCCCUGCGAGGAAACUGACCCAGGAGAGGCCCGAGGGAAGCUGCCGCCUUCUUCUUGCAGUCCACGGGCGAGGUCGGUGAAAAACAAACUCAACAAGCUAUCCUUGUGGAUGGAGCGACUCUUGGAAGGGUCCUUGCAAAGGUUUUAUAUCCCCUUGUGGCCUGCGCUAGACUGAAAAAUAAUAAUAAUAACAUAAAAUAAAAAGAGGGGUUGUUUUUGAAAGAUAA